AUGAGCCUGCAAGGCAAUGGAUACCCAGUUUCAAUAUGACCUUCUUAUGGAGAAAAUCUACCUUAUUCAACCACAUUUAAGGAUCACACAAUCUUGACCUUUAAGACACCUUCAGAUGAAAUAAAAGAAGUUCCUAUUUCCGAAGGUAUGUUUUAGAUAGGAAAAUGAAUAUUUUUGGUAUUUUAUUUUGUUAAAAUUCAAACCCUUUGGACUUGGACAGUUAUUUCUCCAGAGUUCUCCGCUUUUAGUUUAACUGAUACCUAUUUAUCUAUAUUAUCGAGCUGCAAGAGCAGCCAUGCGACCCAUUCGAGUCUUAUUUAAGUCAAUCUGUUAUCUUAAUCUGCUUCAGUUUCACAACAUUGAGCCGUCCUUGUUCGUGAUGCAUUGCUCUGCACUUUCACCUGCAUUUGAUACUUCAACCCUGUCUAUCUCUUGUACCACUUCAGAUUUGUAUCCUCAAUUUUAUGUAAGAUUUCAGCCUCUGGGCAAUGCGUCUCGCUUAUCCCCUGCAAAUCUGCAUUAAUCGCCUUGAGGAAUCUCACUAUCUGAUCCCUUUUUUUGCCUAAUCCCAUGUGCGUUGAUGUGGGCAGCCGUCAAGACCUUGCUUUCCUUUCUUUUCAUUCAUCUCAUCGGCUGAAAGCUAAGUCCAGCCUCUUUAGGUGCUCGCCAGUGCAUGUAGAGUUGUUUGCUUUUAUCCUCCUCUAUAUUCAUUCUUCUACCUAAUAUCUCGUCUGCUACUAGUUUAUGCUGCUUCUUCUCUUCCUCCUUUGCUUUCCCUUCUCAGACAAUCCGCCUUUAUUCUAUCUUGCCUCUUUUCUCUAUCCUCUGGUGUCCAACAUCGUUGUGCCCUAUUUGCUUGCAUAACUAGCAUAAUAAAGGACCUCGCAUGGUCUAAGUAGAUCCUCUUGCCAUUGAUUGGUUAAUUUACGUCCUCCAUUCUCGCAAAUUCCCCAUAAAUCUUGUGCCUCGAGUCCUGAUUAAAGUGGACUGUGUAAAGAGCUUCACCUUCUCUCUAAUUAUGUUAUCCGCUAUGACCUCUACCACCUUGCAAUGACUGCUCAGAAAGUCAAUUGCCUCUUCUAUUGCUACUUCUAUUGGUAAUAUCACUAGCACUUGGCAUUUUUGAUAGUUCAGCUCUCCGUUUAUACCCAUGGGUCCCACAGGCACUUGCAAUUUCUGACUGUCUCUUUCUAUGGCUACUUUGCCUUGGUCCUAUAUGUUCUCCUAAUUUUGUCAUUGAUGAAAAUCACUAUUGUGUAUCCUGAUGACAGCUUCUACUACAUCGUAGAAUAUCCCUGGAUUUGCUAUCGUCUCAAGAACUAGCAUCAGAGCCAGUAUAGCUUAUUUUUCUCCUCCCGAUCUCGCUUGAUUCCAUAUUUAGACAAGUAAUCUUCAUCGAAUUUUUUAGCAGCUACACUUCCUGAGAUUCUGGUAAGGUUUAUGUUAGGGCAGCAAAUCCAAAAAAUGUCCCUCUAGCGCUUAAUUUCCAAAUGCUGUACUUCUGCAUCUUAGGCAGCCAUAAGUACGACAGUCUUCUUCUUUAGCAGCUUCAUUUAAAGAAAAUUAGUUUAACUGAUACCACCGGCCCAGGGGAUGAAAUUAUAAUUGGAAAUUAUAUAGAUGCAGACUAUUAUGAGAUUCAAUUCUUCAAAAAAGCUACUAUAAAUUCUUCUAUUGUCACUUUAUAUGACAUCUCUGAUGCUACUUAUGAUGCUACAACUUCGACUUGUCCAGCUUCUUGCAAUACUUAUUGUCACUCCGAUGUGGGAUGCUUGAGCUCAACAGCUUGCCCAUGCCCGGCACUUUGCACAUGCUCUGCAAAUGAUGGAAUGUGCUCAUCUUGCAACAAUCCAAAUGGUGACCUUGCAAAUAAGUGUCAAUGCAAAACUAAUUAUGCUCUCGAAGGACUUACUUGUGUCUUAAGUAAUUUUUAUGCAGAUUCUCCUCUCAAUUGUGCAUUAUGAACACCAGAAAAGGUAUGCACUCAAUGCAAUCCAAACUUUUUUCUCUAUAAUAGCGGCUGCAUAGGUAACUUUUAUUUAGCUUGUGACUCAUGUACUUCUUGCAAUGCUAGUCCUAUUUGCUUUACAUGUGCUGAUGUAAUUUCUCAAUCUGGAAACUCUUGCAGAGUAGACUCAGUUGGGUACAAGUUUAGCUUUGUCUCUCCAAACAUUAUUGUUGACUUCACCUAUCCUUUGGCAAAGACUCUAAAAAUCAGCAAUUUAAAAGCAACAACUACGGAUAACCAGGCUAUCUCGACCACUACUUGGCAAAUCCACUCACAAACGGCAAGCCAGCUACAGAUUAGAACUGAUCUUAUUCUAAGCCAGCUCCCAAUCAAACUUGACUUCAGCUUUGAGCAGGACCCUUAG